GAUGCUGCACUGUAUUUUUAUUUUUGCUUUGUGUGCAAAAAUGCACAUCUUCCUAAACAACAGGAACUGCCCUAUGUGGUCAGAUGUGUGUAAGAGCGAGCAUUAGGAUAGGAGAUCAUAGGCCACACUACCCUACAGAGCAGCAGUUAGAGAACUUGCUCUCCAGUAGCUCACUAACACCUUCAGAAUAAAAGCAGGGCCCAGAGCAACCAAGAACUGAAGAAUUUCCAGAAUGAGUCAAGCUGAGGAAAGCAGUGUCCACUCAACAUGGAAUAUUGUGAGGUCAGUAGUCUGCAUAAUACUGAGCUUGUCAUUUAUUAUUGGGACCCCCGGAAACUGCAUCGUCAUCUGGACUGUUUGUAGAAAAAUGAAGCAAGUGUCUCUUUCAGUGCUGCUGAUCUUGAACCUGGCCAUUGCUGAUGUCCUCGUGCUGAUCACUUUACCAAUCUGGAUUUACUCCUUUGCUGACUCAUGGGUUUUUGGAGUCAUCUUCUGCAAAAUACUGGUUUUCAUUAUUUACUGCAGCAUGUAUGCAAGUAUAUUUCUAAUUACAGCACUGAGCUUGGAGAGGUUAGUGGCUGUGUUUUACCCUUUCACAAUUCAAAGAUACAAAAGAAAAGAAAAGAUUUCUUUAAUCAUGUUCCUCAUUUGGUUCCUGUCUAUUACUUUUGGCAUUUCUGUCAUUCCCUUUCAAGAGACAGAAGAAAUGAAUGGUCAACUGCUCUGCACAUGUCGCAGCUACUCUUCUAACAGACAGAAGGUGUCAUAUCUUUUGCUGGAGACCCUUGCAGGUUUUGUAAUCCCUUUUGUAAUUCUUUGCACUUGUUAUGUGUGUGUAGCCCGAAGGAUAAGCAGAAUGACUUACCAGUCUAAGCAGCGAUCAGGCCGGCUCAUUGCCAGCAUCGUGGUGGCAUUCAUUGUGUGCUGGUUCCCUCACCACCUCUUCAACGUCCUAGAUAUUAUUUCCAUCCAAAUAGAACUCUCUCAUGAGGAAAUGUCUUUGGCACUGGAUGAAAUUGUAGACAAAGGAGUGUACAUCUCUGGAGCACUUGUGUUCAUCAGUAGCUGUAUUAACCCUCUGCUUUAUGCUUUUGCUGCACGAAGAUUUCAGAAUCACCUGAGAUUUGCCAAGAUGUCAAAGCUGUUUGAGCAGAUGAGUCAGACUGUGACAGAGGAAGACAAGAAAAGAAGUUUGGUUGUAAACAAACAAGAAGAUGUUUUAGUAGGCACAGAAAAUCUCUAACAAGGAACUCAGUGAUUAAUCUGUGUCAUUUCUUCAGUAGUCCUUUCUCCUCAUACUCUAGUUUCAUUUAUUAAGCAGUCCAGGGAAAGCUAGAGACAGAUAAAAGCUUUUUGGUUUGGUUUUUUUCUUGUGUGCUUUAUAAGAAUUGGCACUGACAACCUAGUUCAGUUCAUAAGUUAGUAUCCACAUCAUGAAAUAAGCAUUAUUUCACUGUUGCUGAGAACCUCAGCAAGGUGGAUAGAAGCUCAAAUUGUAAGGAAUACAGCAUUUUUACUUUCCAUUGUAUUAUUUCUGAUUUCUAGGAAGUCUGUGAGCAGAAAAUAACUCCUUGUGGAAAGGAAAGGCUUUGAAAAUUUAAAACUAAGUUUUUCUUCAGAAAAAAUCGUUAGAUGGUCAAAAAUCCUUAUAUAAUCUAAAGUUUUAACAGUCCAUAGUUAAAUUCUUGAUAUGGGUAAGAAGUUUUAAAGUACAAUAAUGACAUACUCUUCUGGGUAGAUGGAAAAUCUAAAGCUAUUUUUAUUCAUUAUUUAGGUUUGAA